CACGAGAGAUCGGCAGCACAGUUUCGUGCUCAGCUCAGCUCGGUUCGGCUCAGCCUCGUAUCGGCCUCGGUCUUUCGAGCCAAAAAAGGUACGGAUUUUCCUUGACGAGUGUAACUCCUUCACCGUUAUCAACGAAGUCCUAACUUAUCAUCGUACGUCUCGAAUCGCGCGGUUACGCGAGACGAGCGCUUUUAUUAAAAUCUACGUUGGAUACACGCGUAGAUCCUCUCUUGCUUGGUGCGUAGUACGCGUUUGCGACGUCGCUGCCGUAUACCGAGAGAUCAUGGAAUCUACGUGGCAAUUAAUGACAACAGUCAUUUUCUUCUUGGUUCAAUCGAAUAUAUUACACGCUCAUCGGGAGCACAAGGUCCACAACAUAGUACUCUAUCCAGACAAGCACAGUUGGUGCAAAACGACGCCUAUCAAGCAGGUAGUCGCGUGGCCUCAAUGUUCAUCCCAAGAGCUCGACAACAACGUGUGCGUUGGAGCUUGUUUCUCUUACAUGGUACCCCACAGCGAGCCGUCCGCUCCUGGUGAUUUGAUAAGACCCUAUUGCGACUCGUGUCAGCCUCUCGACAGUGUUUGGCAUACGGUUACCUUGGAUUGUAAGGAUGAGGCAAAUAAUCCUAUGACUAUGCAGAAAAAGGUUCAAAUCAUAACAAACUGUUCCUGCAGUUCGUGCAUGGAGACAUCUAGGAUCAAACCUGAUUACAAUACUUUGCUUCAAUCAUUGACGGUCGAAAAUUUGGAUAAGAACGUGAACGUUGUUCACGAGACCCCAGAUCUUUUAUUGAAUCCUAAUCUGAAUUCAUCCAAGAAUACGACCAGAGACGGUGUGGAAGCUAACGAAAGAUUCCUGCAAUUGUUCAAGCAAGGAUUCAAGGAUUCGGAGAAAUUAGACGAGACUGGUGCGAAGGAACUUUUCUCGAAAUUCGGAGAGGAGGUUGAUAUGGAGAAGUUGAGGGAUUUGCUAAAGAAAUAUAGUCAAGAGGACGAGAGGCAUCAACAGCAUCAACAAACUAACAAACAGCAACAACAACAACAGCAACAACAUCACGGUGCAACGACGAUGCUACAUCGAGGUCCUCAUCAUUCGAUGGUUUUGGAUUCUGGUGUUAAAGAAAAGAUCGACGUUGAGCCACAUUAUCUACAUCCAGCAGUCGCUGGUCAAGAGAUCAGUUAUCACGACAACGUUGUCGUCGACAAGGGCAAGAAGAAAGAUUUUUGAAAUCUCUCGAUCGAAAAACGAUCGUCUCGUUUUACGAAAUUGGAUGCCGACCUGGGUUCUUCGAACGAGUUGGACGACGAACGAGCGGAUCGUAGAACGGACUAAUCGUAAGCGAAGGAACGACAGUUUCCCACGCUGAUUCCACGAGAAUCGAUCGGUAAGGAAUUUCAUGCCUGGUCCAAUCCUAAGGCAUCUACAUAACACGGUAGCUAGCAAUCUUAUUCUUUCUUUUCCAUUUUUUUUUUUUUUUUUUUUUUUUUUGAUUUUUUUGUUUUCUUGUUUUUUUUUUUUGUUUCAUAUUAACGGUAAAGAUAUUUAAACUGCUUAAGGGGUAUAUAAUUUUAAUUAUUCACGAUCGAAUCAUUCUUCAGCUUAUCUUUUCUACAUGUAUAUAGAUAGUAGUACAUUUUUUUAAAUUAUUCGACACUUGUUAAUGCUACGAAUUUGUUCGUUCGUAAAAAUUCGAACGAGAAUAUCGAACCAACGAGAGGAAGAGAGAUGAAUAGAAAGAGAGAGAGAGAGAGAGAAAGAAAGCACGUGAUCGGACUCAUACCGUGACUUUCGAACGUUUCGUGUUUCGGUUUUUCGAGAAUCGAUCAUGUAUAGAUUAAAAAUAAAUGGAAAGCUAGAGUUUCCAAGUUAAUCUCGUAUUCAUUGUUGAGAGUAAGAGUGAAAGAGAAAAAGUGAAGGAGAGUGAGAGAAAGAGAAAAAAGAGAGGGAGAAAAUUUUAAUAUAUAUUUAAUUAUUAUUGUGUUAACUAUUUAACGAAAUCACGCCUUUCGCAUAAACUCACACGAGGUAAUCAAAAUUUUUUUAACUUGUUAUAUAUAUAUAUAUAUAUGUAUGUAUGUAUGUAUGUAUGUAUGUAUGUAUGUAUGUAUGUAUAUACAAACCGGAAGAAAUAACGUGGAUGCGCUUUUCAUUUCUAUUUUCUUUUUUUUUUUUUCAUCAUCGCUUCUACGUUUUUAUUAAUGGAUUGUAACUGUCAUUGUUCUCGUAGAGAAUAAUAAAAGAACGAUUGGUAACAAGACCAGUUAUUUUCUA